GCAAAUAAUUGCGAAGCAGCAAGGCGCAUCACAGCAUCUCGCGAACAAAACGCCCCCCUUCUCCUCCACCCAUAUUCGUUUUUGCCUCCUCGCUUCCAAUAAUCGCUCCGAGCCAUUGUUUCUGUUUCCCGGCGACAUGCUGCCCUACCAAUCUUUGCAGGAAGCUGAGGCGGCUCUCGGCCGUAACCUCACCUUCUCCGAGACCCUCUGGUUCAAUUACUCUGCUCGCAAGUCCGAUUACUUUCUUUAUUGCCAUAACAUACUCUUCCUCUUUCUCAUUUUCUCCCUCCUCCCCAUUCCUCUUGUCUUCUUGGAGAUCAAGCGCUUAGCCGGCUUCGACAAGUACAAGAUUCAACCCAAGGUUCGUCUAUCUUUGGACGAAAUGCUUAGGUGCUAUAAGGAUGUCAUGCGCAUGUUCCUUCUAGUCGUUGGACCUCUGCAACUCGUCUCAUAUCCCUCCAUCAAGAUUAUUGGAAUCCGGACGGGGCUGCCAUUGCCGUCGGGAUGGGAGAUUCUUUCACAGCUGGCGGUGUAUUUUAUGAUAGAGGACUAUACCAAUUACUGGAUUCACAGGUUUCUGCAUUGUAAGUGGGGUUACGAGAAGAUUCAUAGAGUCCACCAUGAAUACACAGCUCCCAUUGGAUUUGCGGCACCCUACGCCCAUUGGGCGGAGAUAUUGAUCCUUGGAAUUCCAUCUUUUCUUGGACCAGCUAUUGUUCCUGGGCACAUGAUUACAUUCUGGUUGUGGAUAGCAUUGAGGCAGAUUGAGGCGAUCGACACGCACAGCGGGUAUGACUUCCCCUGGAGUAUUACAAAGUACAUUCCGUUUUACGGUGGCGCAGAGUAUCACGAUUACCAUCAUUAUGUUGGAGGAUAUUGCCAAAGCAAUUUCGCAUCAGUUUUCACGUACUGUGAUUACAUCUAUGGAACUGACAAGGGUUAUAGACAUCAGAAGAAAAUCCUUCAGAAGUUGAAGGAGGAGUUGAAGAACCGCGUUGAACAGAAUGGAGGGUCGUACAACAACCAAAAUGACAAGUUUGACUGAUUAUGGGGCGGCAUCUGCAGCUUAGGUGUGUUAUUCGAAUCUUUAAGUUGGCGCGGACACAGGUGCCAGUGAAAAAUAGACGCCUUCAGUAGCUUGAGGAGGUUAAGAUUAGAACGGCGUUUCUGUUGUCUAGAAGGGGCAGGUAGAACCUGUGACUCCGUGCGAGUAAUAGGGAGGAAUUUGUACUGUAGUCAAGAAAUAGAAUUCGAACUACUUUUUUCUGUUUUUGUUUGCUUCGUGUUUUGAUCAGAGUCUCACUUUGUGGGUCGUUAGUUCUUAAAUACGAAGAGAGGCUGCUUCUCCAAAAUGAUUUAGGUGUUAUGAUAAACUAGACUCCAUUGACUGGCAUCCGUGAACAAGUAACCAUCGAUAUGCGGUCUGUCACAUAUAUGGACGAGUAUGUGGCGGGGCAUGAUGACUCACCGGCGGUUCUCAUCGGCUUCCACGAAGUUCUGAGGAAGCUGAAGUCUUUUGGUUAAUUGUUUUGUAUUGGGGGGGGGGUGACUCUGGCGUAUAUUGCAGCGUUGAGAGCUUUAAGUCAAACUUCUCUCCGUAAUUACAGAGUUGGAGUUAUUAUUGGUGAGAACUAUUUACGUAUGAGUUGAUGAUUUCUCAUGUUUACGCGACUAGGUAUACCUGUCC